UUUUUAAUUACAUUUAAUUAUUAAAAUAUUCAUUAAGAGACCCAAAUGGGUUUGUGGGUUAAUGAUGCUCUAAGUACCAAUGGUUGGUCGAACCUUCAUCAUUUGCAGGCUUGCAGCUAUGAUCCCUCCUGGUAAUAUUUGGGGCUGUAAGACUUACUAUAUAUAUGACCAUCAUCUAUCAAGAUCGUGCAUGCAUGCGUUGAUGCGAACGUGCAUGGUCCAUAUGUGUCUGUGAUCCUCUCUCUGCCUUUUAAAGCAGAAGUCCUCGCUAUAUUUUCAUAGCGCAUUGAAAAUGAACGUUGUUGAAGCAUUUACUAUAUUACAAUAUGGACUAGAAAAACAUGGGAUAGUACCAAGGGCUCGAAUGUUCUUUUUUUAAUCUAUAUUUUCGGUUGCCUCUAUGUAUUUUUUCAAAUCGAGCUUAAAAUUUUAAUCAUCGUGACCUUGUAUAGAAAAAAAAAAGAAGAGAAUAUUAAUUGUGGAGUACCGUCUUAAGAAAAAAUUUACGCUUUUGCGUCUUGGCUUCUGUAACGUCACCACCAGAAAGUUGAUAAAAGGAGAGUUGAUGAACUGAAAUAAUCACAGAUUAAUUUAAAUAUCGUGAUGGCUAUUGUAUCAUCUAGAUUGUUUGGCCGCCAUUGAUGAGAAGAUACAAAAAUGCAGCGAUGUGAAACUCUAACAACUAUAUGUGGUACAUAUAAUUUAAGAAUUUCCUUAUUUCUCUGAAGUAUUAGUAAAAAAAUUCGAAUGAUCAACAUAUGAUACCGUCUUGACGUUCGUCCUUCUACCCACAUGUUCUAAAUAAUCGUCUUUUCAUCCUCACUUCACCAUUUUUUUUAUAUUUUUAAAUACAUCACCACAUCUUAAACAUAGGUUUUUUUGCUAUCUAUAAAGUAUAUGCUAGAAUAUCCGGAAAUGUAUAAUCAGUAUAUUUUAGACUUGAGUAUUUGUACAUAGUUAGUGAUAUUAUUCAACUAGUCAUCGUAGAAUGCGAAGGAUCAAUGCAUUCAAAUUCGAGUUUCAUUAUCCACUACAGUUAAUAUGUGAACACAUGUUCUAGAGACUAGAGAGAUUAAUGACCAAUUACCUUGAACUCUUGAAUAUGUCAUAUAUGUUCUUAAUCAAUUGGCCAACUAUGUUAGACCGCAGACGCGUACUUUUCGAACUUUAAUUUCCUAAAAUUUUGUAUUUAUUUCUUUGCAAGAAAAAAUAACAAUAUAAAAACUACAAGUGUGUUUCGGGAAAUAAAAAAAAAGGUUCAACAAGGUUCCAUGCCAACUACUAUAUAACUCGGCUACAAUCCUCACUUUAAAAUCAUCCAAAACUGUAAAACUCUAAACAUCAGAAACGAAAAAGAUGAAAAUCUUUAACCCAUCUCAAAACAUAAUCUUAGCAGCAACCAUUUUCCUACUGUCUAUUGUUCCACUAAGAGCCCAAGACAGGCCACAAGACUUUUUGGCAGCUCAUAACCAAGCCCGAGCCGAGGUUGGGGUGGGUCCUUUAAGGUGGGACAACCAGGUGGCUGCUUAUGCCCGUAACCAUGCGAACCAGCGUAAAAGCGUCGGCUGUUCCAUGGAACACUCGAGUGGUGGGCCCUAUGGAGAGAACAUCGCUUGGAGCAGCGGUAACCUGUCAGGCGUCGAAGCAGUUGAAAUGUGGGUGAAGGAGCAAUUUGACUACGAUUAUGGUUCCAACACAUGUGCUUGGAACAAAGUGUGCGGCCACUAUACGCAGGUUGUGUGGGAAAACUCGGUGAAGUUGGGAUGUGCAAAAGUGAGAUGUAACAAUGGUAAUACCUUUAUUACUUGCAACUAUGAUCCUCCCGGUAACUGGGUUGGUGAGUGGCCUUACGGAGAAACAAAAAUUAAAACCAUCAUUUGAGUAUGUUUCGAAAUAUAUGUUAUACACAUGUAUGUACUGUACUGUUUCUAUGUUGUUUAUCCAUACCAAUUUUCUGUUGUCAGCUAAUAAUGAUUGGUUUGUCCGGUCCGGUUCUCGUUUGUACCAUAUAUAUACCUGGACUUUUAUAAUGAAAUAAUAAAAUGCAAUGCUACGGCACUUGCUUUGUUUGCUA